UUAAAGUGGGAGGGAGAGUGCAAAGUGAACUUCUCCUUAUCGUUGGAUAGAGUCGUUCCCUGGCUGCAGUCUGCUGUUACUCUGUCAGCUUGUUGUAUUCGUUUGUAUUAAUCGCUUUGCAGCCAUGUCGGACUCCUCGGAGCAGAGCUCGUACCUGGUUCUGGAGAACUACAUCGGGGGGAAGUUCGUCCCCUGUCGGACUCACAUCGACUCCUACGACCCGUCCAUCGGACAGGUCUACUGCAGAGUGCCUGACAGCGGCGAGGACGAGGUGGAGGCAGCUGUGGCGGCAGCCAAAGAAGCCUUCCCCGACUGGUCAGCUCGCAGCCCACAGCAGCGGGCACAAGUCCUCACCAAGCUGGCCGACCUGUUGGAAGCCAACCUGGAAGAGUUCGCCCAAGCUGAGUCCAGAGACCAAGGUAAAACCGUAACAUUUGCACGGACUACGGACAUUCCCAGAGCUGCGAACAACUUCCGCUUCUUCGCGUCAUCAGUGCUGCACCACACCACCGACUGCAGCCAGAUGGACCACAUGGGCUGCCUGAACUACACUGUCCGCUGCCCAGUGGGAGUGGCCGGUCUGAUCAGCCCCUGGAAUCUCCCCCUGUACCUGCUGACCUGGAAAAUUGCACCUGCAAUCGCUGCAGGCAACACAGUGGUGGCAAAACCCAGCGAGAUGACCUCCGUAACAGCCUGGAUGAUGUGCAAGUUGAUGCAGCAGGCUGGUGUCCCUCCAGGAGUGGUCAACAUUGUAUUUGGCACUGGGCAGAGAGCAGGCGACGCUCUCGUCGGCCAUCCUGACGUCCCAUUGAUCUCUUUCACUGGCUCCACGGCAACUGCCCAGCGCAUCACAGAGCGGAGCGCCCCUUACUGUAAGAAGCUCUCGCUGGAGUUGGGAGGUAAAAACCCUGCCAUUAUAUUUGCUGAUGCAAACCUGGACCAGUGCAUCGAGACCACAGUUCGCUCCAGCUUCUCAAAUCAGGGAGAAAUCUGCUUGUGCACCAGCAGGAUUUAUGUAGAGAGGAGUAUUUACUCUGAGUUCCUGGAAAGGUUUGUGGCUGCAGCUAAAAAGUGGAAGACUGGAGUGCCCUCUGACCCCAGCAACAACAACGGAGCGCUCAUCAGCAAAGAGCACCUGGACAGGGUCCGUACCUUCGUAGCACUCGCCAAAUCUGAAGGCGGCAUCGUCCACUGUGGCGAAGGGGUUGACCAGCUGGACCUCCCUGAGCGCAACGCUAGCGGCUACUUUAUGCCGCCCACCAUCAUCUCAGGCAUAUCUGACAGCUCCCGCGUCAUGCAGGAGGAGAUCUUUGGCCCCGUCACCUGCGUCAGCCCCUUUGACACGGAGGAUGAGGCCAUUUCUAAGGGCAACGGUGUGCGUUACGGUCUGUCGGCCACCGUGUGGUCCCGGGACGUGGGGAAGGUUCACCGGGUUGCCAGGCGGAUACAGGCAGGCCUGGUGUGGACCAACUGCUGGCUGGUGAGGGAUCUGAACCUGCCCUUUGGAGGGAUGAAGAACUCUGGUGUGGGAAGAGAAGGAGGGAAGGACUCCUACCACUUCUUCACUGAGGUGAAGUCCAUCACGAUUCAACACUGAGGGAGGAAAGAGCCAAAGCAAGUCUUGAUUGGAGAAAAAGUUGUGCAGUUAAUCCUGACAUUCAUCAACCUCUGUCGGCAACUCUUGGACAUUUAAAUGACAACUUUCUGCUCCCACCCUCUCGGAUUACUGGCGCCUGUAAUUAAGUCCCAUUUAUAGAAUACAAAAGUCAGAGAAAAAGCCACAUUAGAACAAUACAGAUGAAUAAAACAAGCGGGGAUCCAAUAGAAAUUUCUAGGAAAGAGGAAAUGUAUCACAGUUCAAAACACUGUAAUACUCAAACCUUCUCUGUUAGUAUUUUGAACCACCAUCUUCUACUGGUGAACAGUUGAAAUACGUAGUGCGUGUUAGGGCUUCAAAUUUGAAAAAGUAAAGAGCAGACAAAGUGAAAUAAGAUAAGGCAGAAACAUAUUUAUUGCCCAUUUCAAGAAAAGAAGUCAAGAGUACAAUUUAUGAAGUUAGGAACUGCAGCUUAAUCCAACAUCCUUUAAAGGUUUACACUGCAGGUCCGUGUCCUGCACGACAGUUCAGGAAUCAAUUCUGAAAAGAAAGCAUACAAAUUGAGAGUAUGAAUAGAAAAGUGAAAAGGCUUCUGGUGAAUCAGGUAAACACAAGGAGAGUCGGUACAGUAAGUGCCUCAGGGGAACCAAACCCGAAAAGCAAAUCAUUGUCAAAUCUGCUUUGACUGAACUGGUAUUUCUUCUGCUGUUUUGUAACACAGCUUUAACCCAAAUUAAAACACUUUAUGUAAAUGCAACAUGUAGUUCAGUGUGUUUUUAUUUGGUUACUUUCUAAUAUUAUGUUGUUCGUGUAAUGACAUAAAUCUUCAUAGUAUCUACACACAAGGUCAGUAAAUGAUGCUGUUAUAAGUAAACAGAUUUUUGAAAAGUUUUAUACUUAUUUUAUCAGCACACUUUGUACUUUAUAUGUCGUGGUGUUAUGCUUCAUGGUUGUGCACAUUGUCAAAGUCUGCUCUGUUAUGCAAAAGUUUUACGUCACGCAAACCCUUAUGUACUCAGAAGUCACUGUUUUACACGGAGUUAACUUUAUGUCUGACCUGCUGACGUAAGACGGGUGAUUAAAUACCAAACUGUCUGGUGGUUAGACAACAUGAGUGUCACUGGAUGACUGAAGUUAGCUAGUAUUAGCAUGCUAACAUUAGCUAACUUCUAAAAGCUGAGGCUGAUGGGAAUGUUCAUCAGAUUUGCAGGUUCAUAACAAAGUAUUGGACAAAUUCAAAUGAGC